GCAGACUGCUGGACUGAUCCACCAACUUCACCUUUUUCCUGUUAGUGAGCUGAUGAAGGGAUAUAAGAGAGUGAUGGCAGCCCUGUCUGAGAACGUGCUGACAGUCAGCAUGUUACUGUGUGUCUUCUUUCUUUCAGGAGUUCAGACUGCAUGUCAUUCGACACACAAGGGAAUCAACAUUACUGCACCAAGGCAUCUUGACUCUCUGAGUGGAUCCUGUUUGCUAAUUCCAUGUAGCUUUACUGACGACAAGACAAUGAAGUUUGACAGCAGAAGAAAAACAUUUGGAAUCUGGAUAAAAACUUCAAUUUUCAUUGGCGCUUAUCCACAGAAUAUAGUUCACAACAGCAGUUGGUCAAAAAGCAAAUAUGGAAUCAACAUAAUUGGAAGUCUGAGUGAGAAAAACUGCACAACUGUGUUUUCUCAUAUGAUUCAAAGCUAUAGAGGUAAAUACUUCUUCCGAGUUGAAAGCGGGCCGUUUAGAUCAAUUGCUACCUGUGAUCCUGUUCACGUAAAAGUUAAAGAUUCUGCUUGGAGCCCCAGGAUUGAAAUCUCAGGUGACGUGAAGGAGAAGAACUCUGUCACCAUAAUGUGCUCAGCUCUCACUCCCUGUCCGCAAUCACCUCCUGGACUCUCCUUGAACCUCCAACCAAACCCUCACAGACAGAUGCAGAAGAACAAAGAUGGAACGUUUACAACUACAAUCCAGCAGAACAUCACUCUGUCAGAGAUCCACGAUGGAUACAACAUCAUCUGCUUCGCUAGAUAUCCCGUGGCUGGAGGAAAACACAAGACAGCAAAUGCAGAAGUGACUCUCAGUGUUUCCUAUGCUCCCAAAAACACCUCAGCAUCCAUCAGUUUAACAAAAGGUAGAUGGGUGGAGCUGCGUUGCUCCAGCAGAGCUAAGCCUCCCGUCAGAGUCUUCACCUGGUUCGAGAACACCACAACUGGAGCCAUGAAAGCAGGUGAAGGAGAAAAUUAUGGAGUCCAGGUCACUGAGGGGAAAACGUAUUACUGUGUGGCCACGAAUGAUGUUGGUAGUCAGACAUCUCCAGAGAUUCGCCUGAUUGAUCCAGUAAUAGAGAUUGAGCUGUCUAAUCAAGUUCUUGGAAGAAAAGGAAUUGAGAGUUCUAAAGUUCAAAUUCCAAUUCUCACAGCAUUAGGGGUUAUGAUGCUUGUCUGCCUGUUCAAAAUCAUCAUUUGGUUUCACAAGAAGAGAUCCGAAACUCCAUAACAGCUCGGUGUAGAUUCCAUUUAUUGACUAACUGGGCCUUGAAUUGUGAGCCAGUACCACUGGGGGAGCUGUUUAACAUGAGGAUCUAAACUUCUUGAUAAAAUAUCUUGCUCCACGCAUAGCAGCAGGCAGCGACAGGAGACGACAUACACACAGAUCUCCAAGACGAAAAGCAGCUCAGCAGAGUCUGACUGCCCAGAGGUCAUCAACACACAAGGGAAUAAACACUGACCUCUUUUAAAUAAAGACA